UGCAAGAACUAGAAGCCUUAAAUUUUUUACGGAUAUAAACUGUUCCAAUUAAUAAUUGUUUUAAAUAAAAACAUAAUAUAUAAUAUAUGUACUUUCAUAAAAAACUCAAGAGCAACCUUGGAUAUAAUUUUCGUAUGAUUCCAUGGCGAAUUAAAAAGUGCAUCGAGUUUUAAACGGCAUGACAGAAACACAACACUGUGGAAUUUGACAGUUAAAAAGUAGCAACAGUAACGGCGAUGGGAAUAGGAAAAAAUGUAAAUUUCCUAAAGCUGUUAAUUUGAGGAAAAUACUUGCGAAUAAGUGUGAAAUCAAGUGAAAAGUGUGCCUCGCACUUCGGUAGCAUCUUCCGAAAGAAAAAUCAUAAGUUUAUUGCACAAAAACAGAGAAACGGUUGCGUGAAGAAAGUCGACAAAGUCCAGAAGAAGAAUUCGGCAAUUUGCAUUGUCUACACAUUCUGACUUGCCACAACCUCAACCACAAUCAUACCUGUCCGCCGUUGUCUUCGCUAAUUGUGUUGUGUGUUCAUAUGUUCGGCUUUUGCCUUUAAUUUGGAAUUUUGUCUUUUUCAUCACCAAGCAUCGCAGAAUUAGCAGUUGAAGGAGGUAGAAGGUGAAAAAAGCAUUUGCUUAUAAGAAUUGAAAAGUGUGCAUAAUUAAAAAAAGAGCAGAAUACAAAGAAAAGGAAGAACGGCUGGCGUAAAUAAAAGCAGAAAAUAGUGAAUCGUGAAAGCAUUUUAGAGAUAAGUUGAAUAGAACGAGGAAAGGUAAAGACGAGUGAAUAAAGAACAGUUUGUUCGGGGUGUUAGCGGCCGCCUUCUCGAGUGCCAAAGUGGAAGAAAAUCAAAAGAAGAAUACAAGAGCAGAACGAAAGAAAAGGAAAAACAAGGCAUAGUUUUGACAGUGUGGGAUUUAGCAAAGGGUCGCGGUGUAGCCAAAGAUACAGCAUAUCUCAGCGACGACGAAGUGUGUGAAAGAAAAAUUGCGGUUGCGGGGCGCUGUAAAAUUGAAUUUAAAGCGUAAUUGUGACGAGAAAAUGGAAAUCGAGCCCGACCAAUCGAUAGAGGCAAUGGACACACAAGAGGUCGAAAUAAUCACAAGCGACCUGCAACAUCAGCAACAGCAACUGAAUAAGCUGCAUUUGCCACCAGCACAGCUGCCUAACGAAAACGGCAACGUACCGCCGCAGCAACUACUCGCCGACACCACUUCGCCAUACGCCAACGAACAGGAGAUGACGUCCGUCGACGAUCCCAAGGAGGAUCAAUUUCGCUCAGAGGCGACAUUUUCAUAUACGGUAGAGAAUAUUGCACAGUUAAAGCAACAACAUCUUUCUCCUCCCGUAUAUGUACGUAUGUUGCCAUGGAAAAUAAUGGUAAUUCCAAAUGAUCGUGCGCUCGGUUUCUUCCUUCAGUGUAAUGGUGAAAAUGAAUCACCCACAUGGUCGUGUAAUGCCAUCGCUGAACUAAGGUUAAAAUGCCACAAACCAGAUGCACCCCCGUUUACACGUGCGCGCAUUAAGCAUCUUUUUUACUCCAAAGAGAAUGAUUACGGCUACUCAAACUUCAUUACGUGGACCGAAUUACAAGAUCCCGACAAAUGCUACGUACAUAAUGGCGCUAUCACAUUGGAGGUUCAUGUUGUAGCUGACGCGCCACACGGUGUACUUUGGGACUCAAAAAAACACACUGGUUAUGUGGGGCUUAAGAAUCAGGGUGCAACAUGCUAUAUGAACUCACUGCUUCAAACACUUUAUUUUACCAAUCAACUGAGACGUGCUGUUUAUAAAAUACCGACAGAGGCUGAUGAUAGUACCAAGUCGGUAGGUUUGUCACUGCAGCGUGUAUUUCAUGAUCUUCAAUUCGGCGACCGCCCAGUGGGUACUAAAAAGCUUACCAAGUCCUUUGGUUGGGAAACACUCGACUCGUUUAUGCAACAUGAUGUACAGGAAUUUUUACGAGUGCUGCUGGACAAAUUAGAAUCAAAGAUGAAGGGUACUUGCUUGGAAGGCACCAUACCGGGACUAUUCGAGGGAAAAAUGUCUUCAUACAUAAAAUGCAAGAACGUAGAUUACAACAGCACACGCUAUGAGACUUUCUAUGAUAUUCAGUUGAACAUUAAGGAUAAAAAGAAUAUCUACGAUUCGUUCAAAGAUUACAUUGCCUCGGAGACUCUUGAGGGUGAUAAUAAAUACGAUGCCGGUGUACAUGGUCUUCAGGAGGCAAGCAAGGGUGUUAUAUUUACAGCCUUUCCACCCGUGUUGCAUUUGCAUUUAAUGCGAUUCCAAUAUGAUCCCAUAACAGAUAGUUCAAUCAAAUAUAACGAUCGAUUUGAAUUUUACGAUCGUAUAAAUUUGGACGAUUAUCUAGCCGAGAAGGAGAAGACACCUGCCGAAUACGUUCUGCAUGCAGUGCUCGUUCAUUCGGGCGACAACCAUGGCGGCCACUAUGUGGUCUUCAUCAAUCCGAAAGCGGAUGGCAAAUGGUUCAAAUUUGACGAUGAUGUCGUCUCCAGUUGUCGUCGAGUAGAAGCCAUCGAACAGAAUUAUGGCGGAAACGAUGAUGAAAUAUCGUUCCAUGCUAAGUGCAGCAAUGCAUACAUGUUAGUCUACAUACGUAAAUCUGAGUUGGAACGUGUUCUCAGCGAUAUACCCGAGCAUGAAAUACCCAGUGAAUUAGUAGAGCGUCUUGAAUUAGAGAAAAGAAUCGAGAUGGCUCGCCGUAAAGAGCGGAGCGAAGCGAACUUAUAUAUCUCCAUUCACGUUAUCCUGGAAGAGUACUUUGAAGCGCAACAAAAGCGUCGCCUUUUUGACUUAGAUAAAGUCCACCAACGUCUUUUCAAGCUGAAACAAACCCAGACUGUCGAGGAGAUGAUGGACGCGUUCGUAAAAUCGUUCGGCGUAACAAAAGAUCGUAUGCGCGUGUGGAUUAUGUUUGCGGCACAAUCACAAAAAUUUCUUUAUUUUGAUUUCCAACGGGAAGCAUUACGUCCGAUUGAACAAAUCGCUACUGCACAGAAGCCAUGGGUGAUCUUUCUCGAGUUGGCGUCUCCCCUUGUACCUGGCCGCCCGUUGCCACCGUUCGAUCCUAAACAGGAAGUGCUACUAUUCUUCAAGUAUUAUGAUGCUUGUAAUAAAAGGCUAAAUUAUAUUGGCUGUUCACAACAGCCACUAACCCGGCGUUUAAGUGAACUUGUGCCUGAUGUUAAUACACAUCUGGGCUUUGAGCCGGACACCGAAUUGACGGUAUUCGAUGAAUGCAACGACAAGAAGAUUCCCAAUAUAAAUGAACCUCUUGAGAAUGUGCUUUACCUGCAUCCGGACAAUUUGCAGGGCUACAUAUUGAUAUUUGAAAAAGAGCAUGUUGAUGUUAAAUUAGAUUUGCCGACGGUCGAGGAUUACUUCUUGGAUUUGGUAUACAGAGUAGAAAUCACAUUCUGUGAUAAGUGUAACCCCAAUGAACCGGAAAUCGUCCUAGAACUCUCUAAUCGCUAUAAUUAUGACCAAAUGGCACAAGCGGUCGCCGAGCGACUCAAUACUGAUCCAAACAAAUUGCAGUUCUUCAUGUGCGUCAGCAGCUACAAGGAGACACCUGGAAAUGCCGUUCCGUAUACAUUUAAGGGAACUGUUAAGGAUCUAGUCGCAUACUGCAAGCAGAGCGCAUCUAAAAAGCUCUUCUAUCAAAGACUGUCUCUCAGCAUUCACGAACUCGACAAUAAGAAACAAUUUAAAUGCAUUUGGGUCUCAAACGACCUUAAGGAAGAGAAAGAGCUCGUGUUGUAUCCCAAUAAGAAUGAGAAUGUCAAAGGCCUGUUGGACGAGGCUGCCAAAAAGAUACAAUUUGCGGAAAAUAGCCGUAAGAAGUUGCGUUUGCUUAAAGUGGCCAAUCACAAAAUAGGAACCAUAUACAAAGAAGACACGCCGCUGGAAUCGCUACAAAAGUCGAACGAAACGCUGACGACACAAAGUGCGCAGAAGACUUUCCGCAUAGAGGAAGUGCCUGCCGAAGACAUGCAACUAGCCGAGAAUGAAAUGCUCGUGCCCGUGGCACAUUACAGCAAAGAGAUCUACAACUCAUUUGGUGUGCCAUUCUUAAUUAAAGCGAAACAUAAUGAACCAUACGGUGCGUUUAAGCAACGUAUACAGAAACGUCUCAAUGUGCCCGAUAAAGAGUGGGAGAAUUAUAAAUUUGCCGUCAUUUCAAUGGGCCACCCGAACGAAAUUAACGACAAUACACCCGUCGAUUUGGAAAUCUACCGCAAUUGGACCAAUGCACAUUUGCCUUACUUUGGACUCGAUCACAUAAACAAAUCUAGAAAGCGGACAUCCUUGAAUUUCUCUGAGAAAGCGAUUAAAAUUUAUAAUUAAAUUAGAGUAUAGUUGGCGUAAACAACAAAAGCAUAACAAAUAAUGAAACUCAUUGUGGGGUCGAUGUGUGCGUGCAAAAUAAAAGAACUGCUGAGAUGAAGAAAAAUAUGCGGAGAGAAGCGAGAGAGAGGAGGGAUAAAGGCAGGAAAUUUUUAAAUGGGGCUUUAUGGCUAAGAAGACAAGUUAAAUUACAGCACGAUAAACGAUAAAAAAUAGAAAAACAAAAACAAAAAUGUUGCUAACGUACAUAUGUCUUGUUUUUAUGUUUACAAGCUGCAUUCACGCCGAAACAACAACACACAUAUACCAAUGUAAUAACAUCA